AUGUACUCACUUCAAUACUUACUGAUUUUCAUCUUUACCAUCAUCUUUACGUGCGAGGCCGCGAGUAGACAAGAGUGCUCAAGAUUUUAUGGACCAAAUAAAUACGGCGGAACUUUUUGCCAGAACAGUGGCGGUGUAGUGUACGGCUGUAACCGGCCACCAUCUUAUCUUGUUACUUUGAAUAAUUGCGUCCCUUACCACCACAACGACAUACACAAGCGGACUACUUACGCCAAACCAUCUACCCAAUACUGUCAAACAGCCGAAAGGUUUCGAGACGAUCGUCGUGGAACUUGGUUCAUCAACUGUGGGAUGGUGGUUUUGGAUGAGCAAAAGAAAGGGAUGAAACUCACAACAGCUUUCAAGUGUUCUGACUCUGGGACAAUUCUCAAGGUUGUGGAAGGGUGCACUCCUACAGGAUCAGAUGGGGUGUAUCACGGUAUUGAUUACAAUUUUCCUCAAUGA